CUGUCCCCCCUCCUCUUAUUCAGAUCUCGCUCAAGAUCACCCCGGAGAAGGCCCCACACACCUGAACGGCGUAGAGAAGAAAGGUGUGUCCCAACAGCCUACCGUGUUAGCAACAGUCCAGGAAUGAGCAGGAGACGAUCCAGAAGUCCUCACGAAAAGAAGAAAAGGAGAUCUCACUCUCACACCAAGUCCAAAGCACGAUCUCAUUCGCCCUCCGUCUCACCAGGCAAGCAGUCUGCACUUAAGAAUGCCACCCACUCAGCCAGCGUCUCUCCUGUGGAGAGCAGAGGAUCCAGCCAAGAACGGUCCAGGGGAGUUUCUUUGGAAAAAGACGGCCAGAUCUCUUCAGCCAUCGUGUCAUCAGUACAGAGUAAAAUAACUCAGGAUCUUAUGGCCAAAGUGAGGGCUAUGCUUGCAGCUUCCAAAAACAUCCCAACCAGUGCCUCCUGAGACCAACUCUCCAGAAGAGCUUCUCCACCUGGAAGCUAUGCUCAGAUGGCUCCCAGCACCUCUUUUCUUCCGACAAUGGAUUUUACAUGUACAGCAGUGGGUCCCCUCGGAACUUUUAACACAUUUCCCAUGUGGAACGUCCCAUCAAUAAGGCGCCUUGGGGGGCGGGAGGGGGGUUGUAAAUUACAUUUUGGACUGAUACUUCAUUAACGUUUUGCAAUGAAAGGGGUCUGUACAUUUGUAAAUACAAUGUUUCUGUGAGUGUAACUCAAUAAAAAUGCAGAGGAA